AGAACAAUUCGGUCUUCUUUGGGUCUGGAGACAGCUGAUGUUCGCAUGCGGGGCGCUUUAUUUUCCUGCUCUCAGUCCAGUGUGGUCGGCCUCAGGCCUGGAGGAUGCUGCUGCUGCUGCUGAGCAGACAACCAACAAAGGGGAAAAGGUUCAUUUCUGCAUUCAGAACAGGCCAGGUCGGUUGAAUGUGUCACCGCUAUCGAUGUGAGGGACAAUAACCAAAGAGAAGUUCAUCCUGACAUUUGUAGAGUUCACUCCUCCAAACCAAACAUGAGGGACAGACUUAGUAACCUGCAGGAAAUGUCCACCAGCGACAUCGAGCCGUUUGAAUACGAAGAGUCCACCUUCUCGGACUCCUUCAGCAACGUCGACCUGGAAGAAGAGCUCCCCCACGAGGUGGUCGUGUUCGACUCUAGCCCCGCACUUGACGAUGUCUUCACUCAAUCACAAGACAUCCACACAGAAAUCCAAACCAUCCGUUUGGAUGUCAAAAAGCUCCGUGAGCAGAAUUCCCGAAUGCUCCAGGGAACCACCACCAUGAGCGUGAUUAAACAGGACUCGAAUGAAAUUGGUGCCGACAUUAAAAAAAGGGCAGAGGGGGUUCUGGAGAGCCUCCAGAAAUUGGACGGAAAGGCCCACAAGCUAGAGGAAGAGCAUGGCUCAAACUCUGCCAUCACGCGCAUUGCACGGACCCAGUACGCCUGCCUCAGUAACGGGCUUCGAGACGUCAUGUUUGACUACAACGAGGCGGAGAUGAACCACCGCGAGAACUGCAAAGCCCAGAUCAUGAGGCAGAUGGAGAUCGUGGGGCGUGAGGUGACGGAGGAAGACCUGGACGACAUGAUUGAGAAGGGUCAGCUGAGCAUCUUCACUGACAACAUCGUGAGUGAAGGCAAAACGGCCCGAUCGGCGCUGUUCCAGAUCGAGAAGCGCCAUCAGGAGCUGUUGGAUCUGGAGAUGCGUAUCAAAGGCAUCCACGAGAUAUUCCUAGACAUUGCUCUGCUGGUAGAGGAGCAGGGCCCCAUGAUGGACUACAUCCAAACCAAUGUUCAGAAAACGGAUGCAGAGAUAAAAGACUCCCUGGUCAAACUUAGCUUGGCUAAACGCCACGACAAAAACAACCCAUUUAAGAAGAUGUUCUGCAGCUGCUUUCCAUGCUACAACUAAGGACUAGACCAGGAAACGUGAAGGAUGGUACUAUUUCUACUGUACACCAUUAUCAUAGUCACAAAGUAUUCAUUAAUGUGGCUUGAGGACAGUAAUGCAUGUACUAUUGUAAUUGAUUUAUGCAUUGUAUCACCCAUAAGAUAUUUAGUUUUAAGUUUAAAACAAGUGUUUUAUUUGUCGUUUCCUCUGAUAUCUUUUAAGGGCAACAGCAAAUAAAUGUUUCCUAAACUCC